AUGGACAUGUCGCGGGGUCAGCAGCAGCCACAAUCGCAACAGCAGCAGCAGCAGCAGCAGCAGCAGCAGCAGCAGCAGCAGCAGCAGCAGCAGCAGCAGCAGCAGCAGCAGCAGCAGCAGCAGCAGCAGCAGCAGCAGCAGCAGCAGCAGCAGCAGCAGCAGCAGCAGCAGCAGCAGCAGCAGCAGCAGCAGCAGCAGCAGCAGCAGCAGCAGCAGCAGCAGCAGCAGCAGCAGCAGCAGCAGCAGCAGCAGCAGCAGCAGCAGCAGCAGCAGCAGCAGCAGCAGCAGCAGCAGCAGCAGCAGGUCCCUCUCGCGCCAGCGUCGUCCGCAUGGCAGUGGGAUCCCAUUGGCUUCUGGGACGAGCCCUUUGCAUCCCUCUUAACCGAUGAAGCACCUGUCGCCGUCACCGUGACCGGUACCGACGGCCUCCCUGCCGUCGCCGCCGCCGGCGGGACCGCCUCCAAUGGUGCCUUGCUCCCCGCCGUUCAACCCGCGGGCUUCGGCAGCAGCCCUCCGCUUUCAACGGUGGGCAGCCGGCCUUGGGGGUGUCCUGAGGGCAGUACCCCCGCCGCCGCCGCCGCCGCUGCCGCGUGGCUCGACUCCGCCAUUGCCGCUGGGGAGGGGGAAUGGUGGCUGCAUGGCGCGGGGAGAGAAGCGCCGACCGGGGGAGCGGCGGGGGCGUUGGCGCAGCUAGGGUUAGGCGGGGAAGACGAAUUGGACGGGGUGCCUGCACUAAGCGGCAACGCGACUAGGGCGUCAGGGGCGGGUGCGGGUGCCGGUGCGGGGGCGGGUGGAGGUGCGUGUGGGGUGAGCAGAGCGGAUCUUGCGGAGGGUGGUGGUGAUAGGAGCGGAGAAGAGGCACCGGGUACACCUGGAGCAGGAGCAGCAGGAGGAGCAGAGGUGGUGGAAGCAGCAGAGAUGGAAACAGGUGUAAGGACGGCAAUGGGUGCGACGACAGAAGCAGCGUCGCCUUGUCCAGUGGUGCCGGUGCCAUCAGCGGUUGCAGCGCGCAGUGCGUGGAUGGGUGGUGCCAACGGUGCACCCACCGGGUUUGCUUUCUCCUCCUCCCCUGCGGGCUCUCCUCCGGUCUCAGUCACAGCGCCUGUCAUGAGUGCUGGGCUGGGAUUAGACGGGCUGGGUCUAGGCAUGCUAGGACUAGGCGGGCAGGUAUCAUCUGCCGGGCAGGGUCCGGGACUGGUGGGUGCAGAGGGGGCGGUGGCAAGGCGGGAUUUGCCAUGGGGUGCAGCUGCGCCUGCUCCCAGGGAAGCGCCGAUGGGGGCUGCAGCUGCGGCUGUGAGCGGCGGGGAGCUGGGCGCAGCCCUGGGCGCAUCCAUGCGCGGAACCAUUGGGGGAAGCAUGGGCGGAGCCAUGGGCGCAAUGCAGGGAGGGUCAGUAGGUGGAGGGGUGGCUCUUGACUUCUGGAAGCUAGGCACUGGUGGUGCCGUGGACAGGAGGGCGCAUGGAGCAAUGCAGGAGGGCGCAGGCAUGGCGCGUGCAGGUGGGGGUGGGGGAGAGGCGGAGCAUAGAGGAAGUGGCUAUGGGGGGAGCGGAGGAGGGGUUGAGAGGGAUGCGACGCGCAUAUGGAGUCUGGCGGAGGAGCUUCGGCUGCAUGCGGACAGGCGGGGGGCACCGGAGCAGCGCCUGGUGCAUUACGUGUUGGAGGGGCUCAUAGCCCGCGUCAUGGGGGACGGAGCCAAGCGCUGGAACACCAACACUGCGCUAUCUGUCAGCGAGGACGUGUUGAGCAAGAUGGCGGACCUGUCAUUCGUGAUGCCGCACCAUCGCUUCAUGGUCAUGGCGUGCAAUGCGGCCAUAGUGGAGGCAGUGCGCCACCACCCUGUCGUGCACGUGGUGGACAUCGGCUGGUGGUUCGCCGGACAGUGGCCCGGCUUCAUUGCCGCGCUAGGGACUCUUCCCGGCCCCAAGCCCCUUCUCAAGUUCACCAAGGUGGACACCCCGCCCUCCAUGUGCCCGGAGCGAAACUUUUCCCAGCUGCCCACUGACCACUGCCAGGACAUGCUGGAGCAGGCAGCAGCAGCAGCGGGCAUCCGCCUGGUCUUCCAAGCUGUCGAGUGUUCAUUGGAUCGCCUCGACCGUCGUGUUCUCGGCCUCGACCCCCUCUCCCCCGCCGCUGCCGCCAGGUGCCUCAGCAGCAGCAGCGGCAACAGCAGCGGCAGCGGCGGCGGCGGGGGGGGAGGCGGGGACGGCACGUGCAGCAACCAGUCGGGCACCGCGCACCGGCCGCACAAGCACCAGCGCCACUCGUCCGCCACACUGCCGAUAGCCGGAGCGGCGGACGCGAGGCAGGUGUUAUCGGCGGUGGAAGCGGGGAGGGGGGCAGGGGACGAGGUGCUGGUGGUGAAUGGCAUCAUGCGCUUGCACACGCUGCCCAGCGGGUCCGUGGUGCGGCACUCCCCGCGCGACGCUGCUCUGCGAGCCAUCCGCAGGCUGAACCCGCACGCAGUGGUGCUGGGAGAGAGACACGUGGACCACGACGGGCCCUUCUUCCUGCGCCGCAUGGCCGACGCCCUCCCCUGGUACCUCUCCGUGUUUGAAUCCCUUGAAGCCGGCCUCGUCCCGCGCGUGCAGGCAUCACGAGAUGUCUUCGAGCAGGUGGUGAUAGGGCGAGACCUUGUGAACGUGAUAGCGUGUGAGGGGGCGCUGCGGGUGGUGCGAUCGGAGCCGCUGGGGAAGUGGAACUGGCGCAUGGGCGAGGCAGGGUUUGCAGCCGUGCCGUACCCGGCGCGGCCGCGCGUGCAGGUGGAGACGGUGAUGGCACGGUAUCCUGCAGAAUUUGGCGUGGAGGAUGAUGAGGGGAGUCUGCUGCUGACGUGGAAAGGGCAGCCCAUGAUGGGCGUGGGGGUGUGGCGUGUGGCGCGGUGA